GUUUUAUUUGUGUUCGGUGUUUCGUGAAGUUGAGUCGAAUUUUUCUUCAUUCUCCGGUAGAUAAAAUAAUAAUAGAAAAGAAACCAAGGAAAUAAAAAGACGAACAAGAAGAGAAUUUCUCAUAAUUUAGAAUUGAAUUGUUAGUGAUUUAUUGAAGUCAUUGUUGAGAAUUAUUUUAUUGCCAUUUUGGAGCACCAUCAAGUGAUCAAUUAAGAGACGUAAAUAAAUUAAUUGAAACACAAGUGGUAGCAAUAAAUAAAUGCAGCAGUGAUUUGUAUGCAUAAGAUAUCAUUUUUAUAAUAAUAAAUAAUUUAAAAUAACUCAGAACUGAAAUGAAACUGAUGGCACAUUUCAAUAAGUGAAGAAAUCAAAUAUCUACAUGUGAAAGUAUUUAAUUUUGUGGUUAAAUAUAAAAUAUCUUGAAAUCAGAAAAGUAAAAAGGAAAGAAAAAUGUUGUCGCAUUACGGCCAUCAACAAUCAAUGAAUAUGUACCCGAAGAAUCACAGUGGUGGAUCAGGUUUGCCUUAUGGUGGUUCACCAUCAGCUGCCGCUUGGUACAUUAAUUAUCAUCAUCAACCACCAAGUGGAGCCCAAUUUCUAGGUGAUCCCGACGCUCCACAUCAGCCUGUUUAUUAUCCACAUCACAUGUUUCAACAGUCGAGUCCCGAUUGGGCCGGACAUGAGAAUUACUCAGCACCACCACAAAGCAGUACACCUGCUUCUCUUCUUCAAGGUGUUCAAGGUUCAGGAGUCACUACUGGCAGCGUUGGUGGACCAUCUGGUUUCUUAUCAAUUAAUCAAGCGACGCAAAAUGGAAACAGUAACAACAACAAUGAACACAUUCACGAUGGUUUACAAAGUUUACCGUCACCGCCGAUUACUGUUUCUGGAAGUGACAUGAGUAGUCCUGGAGCACCUAAUGGAUCAUCUUCACCUCACAUUCAUUCACGCCCGACGCCUGUUAAGAGCCCUUACGAAUGGAUGAAGAAACCUUCAUAUCAAAGUCAACCCAAUCCAGGAAUCAUCAAUAUUUGUUCAGCACCGUCACUUGAAGAUUUUUCCAUGGAGAUCAAUGGUAAAACCCGAACAAAAGAUAAAUAUCGUGUUGUGUAUUCUGAUCAUCAACGACUUGAGCUUGAAAAAGAAUUCCAUUACACAAGAUACAUCACCAUCCGACGUAAGUCAGAACUUGCACAGAAUUUAUCGUUGUCAGAGAGACAAGUAAAGAUUUGGUUCCAAAAUCGCAGAGCAAAGGAUCGUAAACAGAAAAAGAAGAUCGACUCUGGUAGUUCAAUUUCUCAAUCACAGAACAGCAUCAACACAUCAUCGUCUAUGACGACUGCAAACUUAUCGAAUUUCUUAGAUAUGAAACCUAAAAUCGAUCCGUCCACAAUGCAGUUACAUCAUUUUCAACAAAUGACAGCAAUGGGAUUGAGAAUCAGAUGAAUUUAAAAUUGCACGAAAAAAAUAAUUAAAAAUUAAUUUGUACUACAAUGUAAAUAAAUUUAUUAUAGAUUUAAUUCAAUCUUAAAUGCAAAAAGAAAAAGAAACAAUCAAAUGACAGCCUUAAAAUUAAAAAAGUUAAUACUUAAUCUUAAAUUUCAAACUUUCAAUGUCAAAAAUUAAGUAAAUGUAACAAUCUGUAAAUAAAAAUUGCUUUAUUUAAUCUAAAAGAUAAUUCUAACCACA